AUGAGGUCCAUCCGCGCUGUCGGUCUCUCCCGAUCCGUCCUCUGCGCCAGCGGCAGCAGCAUCCCCGCCUCGCUUGCCAUCGCACGCGCCUCGCCUCUGCUCGCCCGGCAUGCGCUUACCGCGCCGCACUUGCAACUGCAACAGCAGGCGAGGGGCAUCGUCAAUGCCCCCAAGGUGCCCAUGACGAGCGUCAACUUCGAUCAGGAGCUCAAGAUGCUCAACGAACAGCGCAGCGCCCGGCCAAUCAGUCCGCAUAUGACUAUCUACCAGCCGCAGUUGACGUGGUACGGCAGUAUCUUUAACAGAAUCACAGGCGCCGGCCUCAGUGUUGGCCUGUACGGCUUUGCUUUGGCGUAUGCUGCCGCUCCGCUCAUUGGCGCGACUAACGUCCUGUCCUCAGCGUACCUCACCGGCUUUGUCGCUGGCUUGCCGUUCUGGCUCAAGCUGACGCUCAAGGCACCACUCGCCCUGGCUGCGUCGUUCCACACCUUCAAUGGCUUCAGGCACUUGGGCUGGGAUUGGGGGUACUUCCUCAGCCUCAAGGGUGCCUACACUUCUGGCUACAUCGUCAUUGGCCUGACAGCUCUCAGCACUGUGGGUCUCUGCAUGCUCUAA